ACUGAAACGCUCAAAACAAAGGCCAACGCCAAUUACGCCCGGCAAGCACGGCACUAGCGACGACUCCGCUCCUGCCUAAGGAAGCAAGGGACGAUGCUCUCUUGGUUUCAAUUGAGUCUGCGCUGAACCAAGGGGCUUGUCUAUCCGUUGCCGCGAACUACCAGCUAUUCAAGUCUAUUCAACCCCCUCACGAACAUGAGAUAACAACCACGACUCCUUCCUCGAUAUCCCACUAGAAUAGGCGCAUUCCGCACCUCUCAAGUGCCUUGCAAGAUGUUGUUCGCACUACCAUCCUCACUUGCGGCCCUAACGUACCUCCUCUCCACAUCCACAACACACGCAUACAAGCCGCUCUCAGACAGCUUCCUUAAAGCCAUCCCUUCGCCCGGCGACCUUUUCGACCACGACAAAGGCCCCCUCCUUGCGCCAAUCCUCAUCCCUCGUGUACCCGGCACGUCCGGCCAGACCACCACCCAGCAGCACUUUGUCUCGUACUUCCAGCGCGAGCUUCCGAAAUGGGAUAUAUCAUGGCAGAACAGCACUGGAACAACACCCACUUCGGGCGGCAAACAGCUGCCCUUUCAGAACUUGAUAAUCAAGCGCGAGCCGCCCUGGGUGAAGCCGGGGCAGGCCAAUUUGCUGACGCUGGUGGCGCAUUACGAUAGCAAGAUCAGUCCGAAGGGGUUCAUCGGUGCGACGGACUCGGCGGCCCCGUGCGCGAUGCUGAUGUGGGUUGCGAAAGUCGUGGAUGGCUAUGUGCAGCGCAUGUACGAUGAGAUGCAGGCGCUGCAAGAAGGCGGGACGGUGGAGAUGGAUAUGGGGAUCCAGAUCCUCUUGCUAGACGGGGAGGAGGCAUUCCAGUCAUGGACAGAUACAGACUCGUUAUACGGCGCUCGGAGUCUCGCAGCCGAAUGGGCCGGCGCGCGCAACCCGCCCCUCUCAAAGUUCUACCAAUACCGCACGCCCCUCUCGCAAAUAAGCCUGUUCAUGCUCCUCGACCUCCUGGGCUCCGCGUCCCCGACCGUCCCCUCAUACUUCCCCACCACCCACUGGGCCUACAAGCACCUCGCGACCAUGGAAACGCGCCUGCGCGACCUCAAGCUCCUCGAGUCCAGCCCCAACGCGCCCUUCCUGCCCGACGUCAACAUGACCAUGUCGUUCGGCGGCAUCAGCGACGACCACCUGCCGUUCGUGCACCGCGGCGUCGAGAUCCUGCACGUGAUUCCCAGUCCGUUCCCGCGCGUCUGGCACACGAUGGAGGAUGAUGGCGCGCAUUUGGAUGCACCGACGGUGCGGGACUGGGCGAAGAUUGUCGCGGGGUUUGUGCUGGAGUGGCUGGAUAUGAUGGAGGUUUGGGACGGGGAUGAGGCGGGUGCUAAGGGCGGGAGGGCGGUGUUGGGCAAUUGA